UUUUCGACGGUCACAAAUGCAUCGCGAGCGUCACGUGACCACGAUCCCAGAAACCUCCUCACCAGGAAGUGACAACGUGAAGAGGUUUGGUUUUGUUUUGACGAUGAUGGAGGAAGAAGAAUUUGAACUUACGGAAGAUUUGGAGGCUAUUUUGCAUCUGACUCCUGAGGUGCAGCUAGCCAUUGAGCAGGUUUUUCCCAGUCAGGACCCCCUGGACAGAACGGAUUUCAAUGCUGUGGAAUACAUCAACACGCUCUUUCCCACUGAACAGUCCCUGGCCAAUAUAGACGACGUGGUAAACAAAAUCCGCCUAAAAAUUCGUCGCCUCGACGACAACAUCAGGACGGUGGUGAGGGGGCAGACCAAUGUGGGUCAAGAUGGUAGACAGGCUUUGGAGGAGGCUCAGAUAGCCAUUCAGCAGCUCUUCGGCAAAAUCAAAGACAUAAAGGACAAAGCAGAGAAAUCUGAGCAAAUGGUGAAGGAGAUUACGAGGGACAUAAAACAGCUGGACCAUGCCAAGCGCCACCUCACCACUUCCAUCACCACCCUGAACCAUCUGCAUAUGCUGGCGGGGGGUGUUGACUCGUUAGAAGCGAUGACCAGAAAGAGGCAGUACGGGGAAGUGGCCAACUUGUUGCAAGGAGUUGUCAACGUGCUUGAACAUUUCCACAAGUAUAUGGGUAUACCUCAGAUCAGGCAGCUGUCAGAGAGAGUAAAAGCAGCUCAGAGUGAGCUGGGAACUCAGAUCCUGGCAGAUUUUGAAGAGGCCUUUCCUGCACAAGGCUCUAAGAGAGCAGGUGGACCCAGUAACGUGCUGAGAGACGCCUGUCUGGUAGCAAACGUGCUUGAUCCUCGAAUCAAACAGGAGAUCAUUAAAAAGUUCAUAAGGCAGCACCUCUCAGAGUAUUUAGUUCUUUUCCAAGAAAAUCAAGACGUAGCUUGGUUGGACAAAAUUGAUCGGCGGUAUGCCUGGAUCAAGCGUCAACUGCUGGACUAUGAAGAAAAAUACGGCCGCAUGUUUCCUGAAGAGUGGUGCAUGACGGAGCGCAUCGCUGUGGAGUUCUGCCACAUCACCAAGGCAGAGCUCGCCAAAGUCAUGCGGACACGGGCGAAGGAAAUCGAAGUGAAGCUGCUUCUGUUUGCAAUACAGAGAACCACAAAUUUUGAGGGCUUGCUGGCCAAACGCUUCACAGGAUGCACUUUGACGGACACGCCAGGGCAAAAAAGGCCUGAGAGCCCAUUAGAUCCAACAAACCCCUUUCUGGAGGACGAUGCAGGAGAGGACGUGGGAACAGACAAGGAUGAAGAUCUCGCUAAGCCCAGGAAGCCUAAAGCUCCAGACAACCCUUUCCACGGCAUUAUCUCAAAGUGUUUUGAACCUCAUCUAUAUGUCUACAUCGAGUCCCAAGACAAGAACCUGGGGGAACUGAUUGAGCGUUUUGUGGCUGAUUUUCGGGCUCAAGGCCCACCCAAGGCCGGGACGGAGGAAGGUGGAGCCGUGCUGCCCAGCUGUGCUGACCUCUUCGUCUAUUACAAAAAGUGUAUGGUGCAGUGUUCACAACUGAGCACUGGAGAGCCGAUGAUUGCUCUGACAACCAUCUUCCAGAAAUUCCUUAGAGAAUAUGCUUGGAAGAUUCUCUCUGGGAACUUACCCAAGUCCAGCAGCAACACUGGAGUUCUGACCAUCACCAGUCUGUUGAAGGAAAAGGAGGGCUAUGAAGCAUCAAAGUUUACCGUGGAUGAACUCUGUCUGAUCUGCAGCAUUCUUAGUACUGCAGAAUAUUGUCUGGCGACCACUCAACAGUUGGAAGAGAAGCUGAAAGAAAAAGUAGAUAAAGUCCUGACUGAGAGGAUCAAUCUGACUGGGGAGAUGGAUACUUUCAGCACUGUGAUCUCAAACAGUAUCCAGCUGCUCGUGCAAGAUCUGGAUGCUGCCUGUGAUCCUGCUUUAACGGCUAUGAGCAAGAUGCCAUGGCAGAGCGUGGAGCACGUGGGUGACCAAAGUCCUUACGUCACUUCGAUCAUCAUGCACAUCAAGCAGAACGUCCCAAUCAUCAGAGACAACCUUGCCUCUACACGCAAAUACUUCACUCAGUUCUGCAUCAAGUUCACAAAUUCUUUCAUUCCUAAAUUCAUCAACCACCUCUUUAGAUGUAAGCCUAUCAGCAUGGUGGGAGCCGAACAGCUGCUCCUCGACACUCACUCUCUGAAAACCGUCCUGUUGGAUCUGCCCUCCAUCGGCUCCCAGGUCCUCCGGAAGGCUCCUGCCAGUUACACAAAGAUAGUGGUGAAAGGCAUGACUCGAGCAGAAAUGAUCCUGAAGGUGGUGAUGGCGCCACAUGAACCUCCAGUAGUGUUUGUUGAUAACUACAUCAAACUCCUGGCUGAUGGCAAUCCUGAGACUUUCCAGAAGAUUCUGGAUAUGAAAGGACUGAAGCGCAGCGAGCAGAGCAGCAUGCUGGAACUAUUCAGACAAAGACUGCCCACUCCCCCCUCUGGGAACGAUGGCGGCCCCUCUUUAUCUUUUAGCGCCCCCACUCCUGAGCAAGAGUCCUCUCGUAUCCGCAAACUAGAGAAACUCAUCAAGAAGAGGCUGUGAACAGAGCAGACAGCUGCUCUGGAUGAAGGACUGAAAUAAAAAAACAUUGACUACUAAAUGAACGUCCCUAUGAGUGCUAUCAAAUAAACUGUAGAUAAAGGUACAAAAAUAUUAAAUUCAUAUGUGUAGUUAGGCUUUCAGCUGAAUUCUGUUAGCCUCUAUAGUUCAUAUAUAUUUUAGGUUCAUUGUAUGGCUCUUAUUCUGUUUCCUUAUUUAUUCAUUGUUCUUCAUAUAUUAAUCACUAGAUCGAAAAUUGGAAAAUGAAAAGUUUGGAAAAUUAUUUAUGUCUUUGUGCAAUGAAAUUGCAUAAAAAUCUGGGUGCUAUACAACUAUGACUAAUGAAUGAAGGCAGGAAUUAUGAAAGAAAUGAAUACCGCUAAUAAUAAAUACACAACAAUCAUUCAGAGUAAAAACAAAGGGAUAAAAGGUUCUUAAUAAAAGCCUCGUGUACCUAAACGACAAUUUUGUCAAAGCAACAGUUUAUAAAGAACUAAUAUUACAUCACGAGUUAUUUAUUUGCAUUUUUGUUUCUUUUAUCUGUGCUUUGUCAGUUUCAGUUCUUCCUACUGAUGUGGCCUUCAGCUGCUUUGCAGUUUUCCAUCUAAAAAGAUCUUUUUUGCUGCAUUGUCGGUGAACAUAGAGGAUUAAAGACAAAGAGCAGGUUCACUGACUUCUGUCACUGAAAAUAAUUUGAGCAGGCUGUUGACGGGCGAUGAAGAAACUUCCUUGGCACAUGGUUGCUGUUUCAUGUGCAAAAUACUUGUGUAACAUUUCCACCUCAUCUUAAGACACUAUAAAGUCGGAGUUUUGUUGAGAAAGCUUCUGCCUUUUUCUUAUUGUGCUGCAUGUAAUUCACAAUCAAUGAGUCUGACCUUAAUUAAAGUUUUUCUCAAGACUUUGGUUUCUAGUCUUUGAAAUAAAUUCUGAUUAUGUUAAAA